GGACGAGCAUCUUCCACCCGGAGGCCGAGGAUCUAAAGAAGACCAUCAAAAGCCAAGGGCCGUGGACGAGCAUCUUUCACCCCGGAUGCCGAGGGCCCGAAGACAAUCAUCUAUCGUCCAGUGGCCUAGGCCCGGGGAUGAGCAUCUUCCACCCGGAGGCCGAGCGUCUAAAAGAAGACCACCAAAGGCCAAGGGCUUGGAGACGAGCAUCUUCUCACCCCGGAUACCGAGGGCCCGAAGACGAUCAUCUAUCGUCCAGUGGCCUAGGCCCGGGGACAAACAUCCAUCACCCGGAGCCCAAAGCCUGGGGACGAUCAUCCCUCACCCGAAGGCCAGAGCUCAGGGACGAUCAUCCAUCACCUGGAGGCCAAAGCCUGGGGACGAACAUCUUUCACGCCGGAGGCCGAGGGUCGGGAGACGAGCUUCUCCACCCUAGAGGCCGAGGGCUUUGAGAUGCGCAACACAUCCUGAGACCGAGCAUGCCCAGGCUAAGCAUGUUGAGGUAGAAAUGUCCCGAGGAGACCCAACCUAGCAACUGGAGGUCGAAUGUCUCUAGGAAUAGGCCGAGGAUUGUUGCUGUAUGACGACUCCGAGGUCUGCUACCGGGUCGUGCAUCAAAAGCAAAGACACGUCUAGGCCGAGUUUCUAGGGAUGAACGUCCAAAGGAAGUUGGGUCGGGUUUCUAGGGACUAAUCUUCCUAAACAUGUCGGGCCGAGCAUCCAGAAGGAAAAUCCCAGAGCCCCAACAACGAGGGAUCGAGCGGGCUGACCGUCAAGGGGCCGAACGUCCAAGGAAGCCCAACCUAGCAUCUGGAGGUCGAACGUCUCUAGGAAUAGGCCGAGGAUUGUCGCUGUAUGACGACUCCGAGGUCUGCUACCGGGUCGUGCAUCAAGAGCAAGGACACAUCUAGGCCGAGUUCCUAAGGGUCGAACGUCCAAAGGAAGUCGGGUCGGGCAUCCGUGGGCCGAACGCCCCAAUCCCUCGCACCCAGGCCAAGGCAUUGAAUUAAGCCUUUGCUCCGAAAGCCGGGGUCAUGUGCAAAGAAGGCAGAGGAAGAGCGUAGGCAAGAGUAUACUUUCUCGAGCAGAUUCACACGCUCACUACUCAAGAAACUGGGGGACUUGUGUUGAGGUAUAUUACCCCGAUUUGUUACUGUUCAGGAGCCCAAGGCAUCGCCCCAGCUUGGAACCCGAAUGACAAGGUCCAUUUCAGCCUAUUAGGCAUGUUUCGGACCUUUGGGCCCAUUUUGGGCUUACUUGGCCCAUUAGGUUAGGUUUCCCCCUUUCCCUUACCCCUAUAAAUAUGGGGCUUUCCCACAUGUUAGGGAUCUUUUUCUUCUUCCUCCUUCUCACUAGAAUAGCUUAGAACUCCAUUAAUGGGAGCUUCAAUACUUGUACUAUGUAAUGGUGAGGAGAGUCCUAAUGAGAAUGAGAGGGCUUGGACAUUAGCCUAAAAAGUCCCGUGGUUUUCUCCCUUUCGGGUUUCCACGUAAAAACUGAGUGUUCAUACAUAUAUUUACUAUAUCGUGUUGGAUUAAACUCAACAUAU